AUGGAGGAGAGUGAACGGUCAUCUAAAGUAAUCAGUACCACUGAUAACUUCUUCACCCGCACUGCAUUACACACUACUACAAAAACUUUUUCCGGUUCCAGCACUGUAAAAAGUAGCGCUGCUCCUCCCUCAGGAGAAAUGAGUGCAGUGUCUGAUAGUCCUUCCAUGGCUAACGAUCGUUCUACAGUAAGUACGCCUUCCACUGUGAAUGUUGCUAUGACACGCAUUUCUAGCGAAGAAAAGAGAUUGUCUUCACUUGCGAAAACGACCGCUGUAACUACCCCUGAAGACAAGACAACUGUGUCUAUUGCUGGAAAAACCUCUGCCGUACUGUUUGCUGUGAAAAACGAUACCGUACCUUCCUCCAAGAUCCGCAGUUCUGUGCCAACUGUGGCGGAAAGUAACUCUGUGUAUCCCACAAAAGUCUUGUCUCUAUUACCUCCCACGGUGGAAAUUAUUGGUGCGUCAAUACCCAAGAAGAAUGCUACUGUAUCCACGUCAAAGGAAAAUACUAUUUUUCCUGAUUCAGCAUCCUCUCAUUAUAAUACCACCACUAUAUCUAAACCUAAAGGAAAUACUAUGGCUCCUUCAUCAAAGGAUGCCAAAAAGAUGUCUACACUGUCCACCAUUGUGAAAACCAACUCUUUGGCUACCACCGAUGAAAUUUCCUCUAUGACUGCUACGAUCGCAAGUACUUCUCUAGCCUACCCUAUCGAGGCUUCAGCGGUGUCUAACAAAGAGAACAAUACUCUGGCCUCUCAUGGAGUAUUUACAACUGUCGCCACCACUGUGGAAAAUACAACAAUGUCGAUCAUUGUUGAAAAUACUGCAAGGGCCACCAUUGUGAAAAACACUUCCCUGUUCACCGUUGUUAGAAAUGCUGCUGAGAAAACCACUACUGUAACAGAACCUGUUACUGUGUACCCCACUACAAUGGAAGUCACGACUCAGACCACCACCAUGGAAACUGAUACUGAGAUCACCUCUGUGGCAGACAAAAGUGAGUCCUCCACAGUGGAAAUAACCACAGAGCCCACCAUUGUAGAAAGUACUACAGGUUUGACUACGACGGAAGUCACUUCUGUAGCCACCACUUUGGAAACUACUGAGUCAACCACUUUGGAAGCUACUACAAUGCCCAACAUCGAGGAAACAACUACUGUGCCCACUAGUGUGGAAACAAUGACUAACCCCACCACCGUGGAAACUACCACUGUGCCCACCACCAUGGAAACCACCAAACUGCCUAACACCGUGGAAACAAAGAAUGUACCAAUUACUACGCCCACCACUGUGGAAAAAACUACUGAGCCAACCACUUUGGAAGCUACUACAAUGCCCAACACCGUUAAAACAACUACUGUGUCCUCUACUAUGGAAGUAAUGACUGACCCCACCACUGUGGAAAAUACCACUGUGCCCACUACCGUAGAAACCACCAAACUGCCUAACACUGUGGAAAAAAAGAAUGUACCAAUUACUAUGCCCACCACUGUGGAAACAACUACUGAGCCAACCAUUUUGGAAGCUACUACAAUGCCCAACACCGUGGAAACAACUACUCUGCCCACUACUAUGGAAACAACGACUGACCCGACCUCUGUGGAAACUGCAGCUGUGCCCACCACCAUGGAAACCACCAAUGUGCCCACCUCUUUGGAAACAACUAUUAAAUCAACCACCAUGGAAUCUACUACCUUGCUUAGCACCGUGGAAACAAGUACUGUGCCCACCACUGUGGAAACAACGACUGAGUCAACCAUUUUGGAAGCUACUACAAUGCCCAACACCGUGGGAAAAACUACUGUGCCCACUACUGUGGAAACAACGACUGACCCUACCACUGCGGAAACUACCACCUUGCCCACCACUGCGCCCAUCUCUGUGGAAACAACUAUUAAAUCAACCACCGUGGAAUCUACUACUUUGGCUAACACCGUGGAAACAAGUACUGUGCCCACCACCGUGGAAACAACGACUGUGCCCACCACUAUGGAAGCUACCACUGAGCCCACCACCAUGAAAACGACCACUGUGCCUACCACUGUGAAAAAAACGACUGUACCGACCACUCCCCGAGUUCUUUCAGAGGAAGAAUUGCGAAAGAUUUUUAAUUUGCCCUUAGGAGGUGAAAAUUUCAAUUACUACUAUGACAUUUUUUUCCAAGACAAAAGUAAAUUUUUUCUUGACUUGUUCUGGUUCUCUUUUUCUUCUCCUUUGCUAGUGUGCUUUUGUAGCAAGUUUGCAACAGUCACGAGGCAGUGCUUUCCUACGGCACUGAACAAACCGUGUAUAUGUCGUGCGAACUUCGCUGGCCUAAGAUGCGAGAAGUGUGCUCCUGGUUAUUUCAACUAUCCUUUUUGUGCUCGUAAGUAGCCCAACACUGGUAUUUAUUUCAGGGUAUCUUGGAAGUCUUGUUCAGUCAUGGAAGGCUACUAAGGGUAGGUUGUGACAGUUCAGCAAAAUUUAGAGCAGUUCGCCCUGAAGAAGGGUCGGAAUGUUUCCGGAAAAGAAAUGAGUGAACCUCCUCGAAGUUUUUCGAGGAAAAAAAAACUUGAGAUGAAAACAAGAUUUAUUUAUUAGUAGAGGUGGAUUCAACGGCUGGAUUUGUUGGCCUGGUAGGAAAGCAGUGUUUUCCCCUCUUAGAGGGACAAAUGACGAGAAACAAUACCUGGUUAAGGUUAUGUCAGCCUGUGAAUUUUCCUUUUUUUCUCGUAAAUAUGCGUGGAAGUGCUCAGAUUCCACUCUUCCAUGAAUAAGCUUCUAAAAUUAGUACCGUUUUAACGUCUUUUGUAAUAGGGAGUACCCCGGGACAAACGGAUCAAUUAGCUGUAAGGUUUUUCUUUUAUUUUUUCAUGCGCUAGUAUUUGUCUUUCAGCCUGCAGAUGUAACAAACAGGGCUCCGCAUCGUUAGUCUGUAACCAGUAUACAGGACGCUGUAGUUGCAAGCCAGGUGUCAGAGGAAGAAGAUGUGAUGAAUGUCCUGUCAAAUCUUAUGGCUUUCCCACAUGUUUAGGUGAGUUUCAGGAAUCCUCUUUAUUUAAUCAGGCUGCGAAUUGAAGAAUUGUGCCCUCAGUGAAACUGUGCUGUAAAGAUAUCGUUCAAAGGAAGAUGGUGUUACUACUUUCCAGCACCGGCGAUAGACGCGAGGAUAUUUCGACAAAAACGUGUACUCUCUUUCUUCGUAGCUUGUGACUGUAACUUGUCUGGUUCAUACGGUGGAGGUGCCUACUGUGAUCCGUACACCGGGCAGUGUCCCUGUAGAUAUGGCUUCAGAGGAAGGCAAUGUGACAAGUGUCCUGCUGGUUAUUAUAACUUUCCUAACUGCCAAUGUAAGUUGACUAUUAUUAUCGUUAUUAUCAUUUUUAUCACUGUUAUUUUUAAUUGUUCUGUUCAUAGUUUAAUAUCGCUGUCAAUAUUAUUGUCGUUGUCAUUAUCUUAGUCUUGUUAAUGUUUUUAUUAUUAUUAUUAUUAUUUACUUAUGUUUCACUUCAUAAGUCGAUAGGUUGCAUCAACAAUUCCUUAGAUAUCAAACUAUAUUCGAGAGUUCUUGGCCAUACCGAUAUGAGGAAAGAUACCAUUUUCAAAGCUAAUAAUUAAAAGUGCAUUACCGAAAGCCAGUUUCGUGUAGCUUCCAACUUGAACUUGAGUGGUGAUUUGCGUGGCAUCGCUGCUGAAGCUCAAAUGUAUCACGUCACGCAAUUCCAUGAUUGUACCAUCACAUCGCUUAAUUUUUCAGGGUGUGGAUGUAAUCCGUUAACAACAACAUAUGACAUAUGUGAGGACAGCGCCGACGGCUAUAGGUGUUUAUGUAAACCCAACUAUGAAGGUCUUUUCUGUGGACAGUGUAAAAAAGGAUAUUACGGCUUCCCUGUUUGUAAAAGUGAGUAUUCCUAAACAAGUAAUGUUCCCCCAGGCCGGUAUGGGAGCUAAAGAAAACUCCACCCUUAUCAAAGCACCGCUUUCUGUGUGUCAACUUUCGCAAUAUCAAGGCUUUCACUAAAACCUACAAUUAAUUGACUCUGUGUUCACUGUGAAAAUCCUAUCUUAACUUCGUGAGAGACAAUGUCAUGUUGGUUAUAGAUCCCUUCUCAAGGCAAAAAUAUUCUUUAGUGUGGAAUAGAUUUAGUAUUACAAGUGGGCCAAUAACACAACAGAUAGAGGACCAUUAGUCUUGCCUCUCGUCUUGUUCUUCAAAUCCAAUAAGAUCUCAUUCAGCAAAUAUCGUGUUCGUAAAAGUUUUGUGGUGUAUGAUUAUAUCGUUCAGAAUUGUUCCCAGGUACCUACUGAUCUAUGUUUUUCGCCAGGGUGCUCGUGUUCGCCUCGUGGAUAUGGUUCUUGUAAUGAACUUGGAAAAUGCGUAUGUAAUGAUGGGUAUGCCGGGAUACAGUGCGACCGCUGUGCAAAUGGCUACUAUGGUUUCCCAAACUGUAGAGGUAAGUGGAGGAGAGGUGGCAAGGAUGUGACUUCGACUUUUCGUGGGCGUUAUCAGAAUAAGUUAGCAGUCAGCUAUAUUAUUAUUUUAAAAUCUUUCCAAAAGGAAAAACGUUAAGUCACCCGCAAAUAGUUCUUCUCCACUGAGUUUAGAAAGUUUCUGACAAUUAAGUAUCAAUAUCAUUUUUAAGAAAGGAAAAAUCUUAGCAAAGCGAGGUUUUGAUCCUCGGACCUCUGGGUUAUGGGCCCAGCACGCUUCCACUGCGCCACUCUGCUGCUGAUAGGUUAAGCGUGGGAAACAGGAGGUUUGAUUGCCUUUCAUGCGUUUUGUUACUUUUGAAUCACGCACUUACGCCUCUUGAAAAGAAUAUUUUCUUUUGUCGUCUCUGUUACGAAAAGAGGAAACAAAAAUGCAAUAAAUACUCCCAGACUGUUGUAAUUUUCUUUUGCUCUAAAUACAGAGCUCAAGGAGAGAACAACGCCAUCCCUUUUCUUUCCCGUAACUCUCUACUGGGACCGUUAUAAAAAAGACCAUGACUAGUGAGGCAUGCUCCAUUAAUAUUAACGAAGGAACUACCUCAGCGAGUCUUUGAUAUUUGACCAAUCUUCUUACCUACUCAGCGUGUAAUUGUAACACCUUUGGCUCGUACAGUAGACAGUGUAACUAUACAACCGGGGAGUGUUCCUGUAAGCCCGACAUCCGAGGUAUUCAGUGUGACCGCUGUGCAGAAAAUAUGGUGGGCUUUCCCGCGUGUAUCAAGUGUGACUGUAAUGUAGAUGGUACCAGAUUCUUGCCUGGUUUUGCCAACCGAAUGUGUUACGGUUCAGCCAAGGUCAGUACGAGGAAUGAUACAGCUAGAAUUAAUCAUUUGUUUUUUGAUUCGGGUCGGGAGAGGUGGUUGAUUUGAUUGUUUAGCACGCAGAGCCAACGAGGCGUGUUUUUUUUUGUUUUUGUGUGGUAUUAUCUCCAGGUUUGUUCGCCCAUUCAAUAGUUUCAUGAAACUUCAAGGGUUAAGAUAAGGCUCUAUAGAUAUAGAAAAAGUCCCCAGUUGCUCAUAUGCGACAAUUAAAACGCGAAACCGUAACGUCUUCACUCCAUAAAGAACGUUUUCUUUGGACAGUUUUUACUCGCAAAAACUUUCAACCCUUGUUUACUCAGUUCACUUUAUAAAAUGACAGGUCUUAAUAUAUACCAUCCUUGUUCUAGUAUCAGUGCCUUUGUAAGUCCAACGUUGUGGGCCGCACAUGUGAUCGUUGCCUGCACGGUUUCUACAACUUUAGCGGCAGCAACCCCCUUGGUUGUACAUCCUGUAGCUGCUCACAUGUUGGGACUGUGUCGGGUACACGCAACUGUCAUGCGCAAAAUGGGCGCUGCGAAUGCAAGAAUCAUGUGAUGGGUAAAAAGUGUCAGAAUUGCCGAGAUGGGUACCAUGGAAUGAAGUCACAUGAUAUAUUUGGUUGUAAAGGUGAGGCGUUGAUUCUUUUAAGUUCAGUAUCAUGUUUUGAAGUGUGGGGGCUUUUAAGGCCUGACUUAGACUUUGACAGACAGACCGUGGCCCGUAACGAAUUAAUCGCAUUUGGAUGUUUUCCUUUCUUCGUACCAAAUUAAGGGUGGAACAAAUGAAACAAAAUAUAUAUUCAAUGCCUAACAAAUGAAUUAUUUUUUAUUUAAUCUGGGAAGUCAUUCCUCUUCCAUGAACUGAUUUGUUUGACUCUUGGCGUCCCUUUUUUUUGCCUCUCUUUUUAUCUUAAGGACGGGGGGGAGGGGGGAGAGAUGUGAAUUUAACAAGGUAAUUUAAAGAGGAUUUAGAGUGACUAAAGUUUUUUCCUUCAUGAAAAGAUCGAUCCUUUAGCACUUUUGUGACUGUUUUGUUUAUCUAUUCCUCUCUAAUAGCGUGCAAAUGUGAUCCUGGCGGAUCGCUCAGAAAAAAUUGUAUCAAACAUCUAGGAAACUGUCAGUGUAUUUCUGGAGUCAGAGGAAAGAAAUGUGACAGGUGAGACUUUCACCCCAUCAUUGUCACGCUUCUUGUCGACUUCCUCCCUUGCACCCCACUCCCCUUGGUACUUCUUUGAAGAUUAUGCUGUUAAAAUUUGUUUUUAAAACCAAACGCGAAGGAGUGUAGGUGAAUUUUCAUCUGCCACGAAACAAGCUUUUACCCUUUCCCAUUCUAGAUUGAAAAUUUUUUAACGUUUUCAACAAACCGUCCACCAUGAGGCUGAUGUGCACUGUGCACAACAGUGGAUUCUCUGCAUGGAAAAUGUAUCUUUUGUUUCCUUUGGCAGUUGGCUUGAGAAGCCAAAAUGUACAGUAGAUGUCAUGGUUCAUUCUUUUCAAAACCCUCUUCAGUUAUUUAACUCUCCAAUACAGUGGAUAGCCCUGUUAGCGGGCUUGAGUCAUCAAAAGCAGCAAGGAGUCACGUGGCGUAAACCUUUAACUCCCUUAAAUUGCGUAACUAGGUGAUGUGGACAGUGAACCUAUCAGCUGAAUUAAUUUGUACAGAUAAGGUUUUGCUUGUGGCCUCAUUUUGAAACUGAGGAUUUUAAGAACUCGGUUAUGGCUUGUUGUCUGAAACCUGAACAUUUUCCUUGCAGUCUCUAUGCGUCAAGAGCGACAUAUUACCCAACUUUGUAUCACACCUAUGUUGAGCUGGAGAGAGCGGUGUUGACAUCCAAUACUAAAAUCCGGGUUCCGAUAGCGGCUGAUGAUGAUGUCUUUCCAUCUUUCUCUGGAGUUGGUUACGCAAUUUUCCCACCAUAUAAGGUAUUGUCGUCACUCCUUCUGGGGCGCUUUUGUGGUAAUAGUUUGGGCGCUGGGGAGGAUGGGAAGGGAGAAAAAGGAGAGAUUCUCUUCUCUUUUCCUCGCCUAUUCCUUCCCAUCGUUCCCUUCGUCGUGGAAGUGCGAGUUUCUCGUAAACCUGUUGCGUAUCAUAGCUGAGAUUGAGUCAGGAUUAUGAAUGCGUUGGAAUAUAGCUAUACGAGCUUGCCCUGAUUUUUCCUGCUUCCUUUGAUGUGUUUUUUGUAACUUUGUUUGUUUGUUUUUUCUUUUUUGUUACUUUGUUUUUGUUU